AUGCUAACCCUUGCUGAAGAUAUAAACCAAAUAAAGGGCUUCAAGGUUUCUAGGAGAUCCCCGGCCAUCUCCCAUAUUUUCUUUGCUGAUGAUGCUAUGCUUUUCUUCAAGGCUACCGAGGAAUCUUGUUUGUGUGUGAGUGACAUUCUUCAAAGGUUUGGUAACGCCUCGGGGAAAAGGUUAAACCUUCAAAAAUCCUUUUUUAAGUUCUCUUCGGGUGUGCCGGAGGAGGUUAGACGCUCUCUAAAAAGGAUCUUGUCUAUGUCAGAGAAGUCAAACGUGGGACUGCACCUGGGUGCUCCGAUAGAUAUCCAAGGUAAGAAAAAGUUAUCUUUCCAAUACCUUAUUGAUAAAGUGAUAGGGAAAAUAAUCUCCUGGGCCUCGUUGCAUUUAUCCCAAGCAGCGAAACUGGUUCUCAUCAACACAGUCUUGGUUAGUAUAUCGGCUCAUGUCAUGAAAUGUCUUAAGCUUCCCCAAAGUAUAGAAAACAAAAUUGAUUUACUUAUCGCUAAGUUUUGGUGGGCGAAUGAUGGUAAUAAGGGUAUGCAUUGGGUUAAAAAGGAAGUAAUCCAACUCCCAAAGAGUAUGGGGGGGCUAGACAUUCGUUGUACUUCAAAACUUAACGAAGCUUUGCUCUUUAAACAAGCAUCACAGAUGCAUCUUAACCCCCUGCUCCUCAUCUCAAGAGUGCAUACUAGCUUCCAACCAUGUGGAAUUUGCAAGAUCUCAAGGCCUGUUAAGAGGGUGGGAAACCCCUCUAUGGGAAAGUCAGGAUUACAAAAGGUGGUUGCUUCUUUCAAGGAGGGGUUUGCUUGGAAGGUUGGCAAUGGAGAAAACAUAAAGGCCAUUAGCAUGCCUUGGGUUAGGGGGCUAACCCCAGUUGCAAACUCGAACCAAACACUUGGGGCAUCCAUGAGAUGGAUGGUGAGCGACUUCAUAGAUAGGGAUAAUGUCUCUUGGGAUCCUGAUGGUUUUAGCGAGGAGUUUCGCAAGUAUGUUAGCAAGUAUCGCUUUUGGAAGAUCAUCGAUUCUUUGGUUUUUCCUUCUUCGUAA